AACCUUUAUCAACCCUAACCUCUAACUUUGGGCAUCAACUGACAACAACUGUCAGUUAAUUUUUUUAAAACAUUUUUGAUCUGAUAUUAAUUUAGUUAUUAUUUGAAAUAAAACAUUUACAAAAUGCGAAUCGCAGUAGAAGGAUGUGCUCAUGGGGAAUUAGAAACAAUUUACAAAACAAUUAUUGAAGCAGAAAAAGUGGAUAAAAAGAAAGUCGAUCUUUUAAUUUGUUGCGGUGAUUUUCAAUCAACUAGAAAUUUGUGUGAUUUAAAAUGUAUGGCUGUGCCGGAUAAAUAUAAACAAAUGUGCUCAUUUUAUAAAUACUAUUCAGGAGAAUUGGUUGCUCCAGUAUUAACUAUUUUUAUUGGAGGUAAUCAUGAAGCAUCUAAUUAUCUUCAGGAACUUUCCUAUGGAGGUUGGGUUGCUCCUAAUAUUUAUUAUAUGGGAUUAGCAAGUGUAGUCAAAGUAGGAAACAUAAGAAUAGCUGGUUUGUCUGGAAUUUAUAAAGGUCAUGAUUGGUUGAAAGGACAUUUUGAAAAGCCACCAUAUACUGAACAAACAAUACGUUCAGUUUAUCAUGUUCGUAAUCUAGAAGUAUUCAGAUUAAAACAGUUAUCGGAUAAAAUUGAUAUUUUUCUCUCGCAUGAUUGGCCAAGGGGUAUAACAAAAUAUGGAAAUGAAAGAAUGCUUCUUAAAAAGAAACCUUUUUUUCGAAAUGAUAUUGAAAAUGAUGUAUUAGGAAGUCCAGCAAGUAUAGAUCUUUUAAAAAAACAUUAUCCAACUUAUUGGUUUGCAGCACAUUUACAUUGUAAAUUUGCUGCAUUAGUAAAUGAAGAAGAUGGUUCUAGAUGUACAAAAUUUCUAGCACUUGACAAAUGUCUGCCUAGGAGAAAAUUUCUUCAAAUUAUUGACAUUGAACAUGAUGAAAAUAUUCCCACAACAUUAACAUACGAUUUAGAAUGGCUUACAAUUUUAUUUUUAACAAAUCAUUUGUUAAGUGUUAAAAAUAUAAUGAAUAUGAUGCCAGGUGAAGGUGAUAUCAGAUGGAUUUAUACACCAAAUGAUGAAGAAAAAGAUAUUGUUUUAGAAAAAAUGAAUAGUGAUUUAAAAAUACCUUUAAAUUUUAUAAAAACAGAGGAGCCAUAUAAUCCACAGACAUCGCCGAAUAAUUUUGAAAAUCCACGUUUUCAAAAAAAUCCACAAACAACGGAAUUUUGCAAUAAAUUGGGUAUUGAUGAUCCUCUUGCUCUUUUACAAUUAUUAUUAGGAAUCAAGGAAGAAAAAAGGGAUUCUAGUUUCUCGAAUACAGACUUGGAUUCUUCGUACGCCGUUGAAUUAGAUACAUCUGCCUCUGAGACUUUUGAUCAGACUUUUGAAUCUUCAUUAUGUACUCUCGAUGAUGAUGAUGAAUGCAGUCCAUUGGCUAUAAAAAUCAAAUCAGAAUCUAAUUUAAGUAAAUCAAUUUCUCCAUUAAAAUUACCACCAGCUAAAGUUAAUUCACCCUCUCAAGAUAGUGAUUUAUCACAACCAGUUUCCCAAGAACCUGAACAAGAACAAGAAGAAGUAGCAGUUGCAGUUGCUCCUAUCGAACCAAAUUUAAAAAGAUUCAAACGGCGGAAUCAGUCUAUUUAUAGUUCUCAAGAUUAAUUUCAAAAAUGCAAUCUGUACAUAAUGCAAUUGAUUAAAAAAAAAAAUAAUUUCUUGAUAGAAAUUCUAUACGAGAAAAUGAUAUUUUAGAUUGUUUUUAUACAAUAAUAUUUUAUUGUAUCGUUUUAUAAAAUAUUCAAUUACUUUUGUAUUUACAAUUAAAUAAUGAAAUUUUUAAAUUUCUUAAUAAAUGUUUUUAUUUUAAAA